AUGGCGUCGGGACUUAUCGGUCGGAUUGACCCAUAUAACAGCGAUGAGGAAGACUGGCCAACCUAUGUUGAACGCUUAGAACAAUAUUUUGAGGCCAACAACAUCGCUAAUGAGAGGAAAGUUUCAGCACUAAUCAGCUUGAUUGGUAGCAAAACGUAUACACUUCUCAAGAAUCUCACUGCACCUGAGAAGCCAUCGUCAAAACCGUAUGCUGAACUCAUAAAAAUCUUGACAGCACAUCUUGCACCUAGACCCCUGGUCAUCGCAGAACGUUUUCGUUUUCACAAACGCGAUCAAAAGGAGGGAGAACGUGUCAGCACUUAUUUGGCUGGACUUAGAAAACUAGCUGAACAUUGUCAGUUUGGAGAUUACCUGAACGAGGCACUUCGUGACAGAUUCGUCUGUGGCUUGCGGGCAGGCAGCAUUCAGAAACGACUGCUUGCAGAGGAUAAACUGACACUGAAAAGGGCAACUGAAAUUGCCACAGCGAUGGAAACUGCAGCGAGAGAUGCCAUCGAACUUCACCAGCAGACAACUUCAAGUUCUGCUGUACACACUGUAGCACGACGCAAACAAUCAUCAUGCUACAGGUGUGGCAGAUCAGGACAUUCUGCCGACAGUUGCAGAUUUAAAGAUGCAACAUGCCAUUCAUGUGGAAAACAGGGCCACAUAGCACCAGCCUGCCGCUCCAAACCUCGUCCCCAGGGUAGGCCUAAUAGACCACAGAAAAAGCCCUACAAGCCUCAACCCAAUCAGAAAGGGAAGGUGAAAACUAUGGAGGAAAUUCCAGACACCGAUAACGAGGACGACAACAUUCUGAUUGCCAGGAUGAACAUUCACAAUGUGGGUCAUAAUCGGUGUGACAUGAGCACAGCUAUCUGGGUCACGCUCCACAUUAACGACCGUCCAGUAAAGAUGGAGGUGGACACGGGGUCAGCCAUUACAUUGCUAUCUAUGGCUGACUAUCAGAAAUUCUUCCCUGGAGAACAGUUGCAGCCGACAAAGAUCAAACUGCAGACAUACACAGGAGAACAGAUUUCUCCGGCAGGACUCCUGAAUGCCAAAGUUCGCUACAACAAUCAGGAGCACAAUGGGAAGAUGUACAUCAUCAAAGGCAACAGUGCACCACUUCUUGGCAGAGACUGGCUAGCUCAUAUCAAGUUAGACUGGCCAAAAUUGUUCGCCAUGACAACCGCUCAACCCCCCAAAAUUGGCAACACUGAAGAAAAGCUGGACGCCAUGCUGAGUGAGUACCCAGAGCUCUUUCAAGAGGAGAUCGGGGAACUCAAAGGCAUUACUGGGAAGCUCAACGUACGCAACAAUGCACAACCGGUAUUUGUGAAAACCAGGCAAGUUCCGUACGCUCUACGACCCAAAGUGGAAGCAGAACUGACAAAGCUCGAACGUCAGGGCAUCAUUUCGUCAGUAGAAUCCAGUGAUUGGGCAACACCCAUUGUCCCCGUGCCAAAACCAAACGGGGGCGUACGCAUUUGUGGAGAUUUUAAGGUGACGGUCAACCCUAACCUUAACAUGGAACGUUAUCCGCUACCGCGAGUGGAGGAUGUCUUCGCUAAUCUCUCCGGCGGCCAAAGAUACAGCAAGCUUGAUUUGCGCCAAGCGUACUUGCACAUGGUCAUCGAUGCGGAGUCCAGAAAGUUGCUGACUAUCAACACGCAUAAGGGUCUGUUCGUCUACAACAGACUACCCUUUGGCAUUGCGUCUGCACCAGCCAUGUGGCAGAGAAGCAUGGAGCAGGUACUCCAAGGCAUACCUGGAGUCCAGUGCAUCUUGGAUGACAUGAUCAUCACAGGCCGCAAUGAUGAAGAACACCUCAGCAAUCUGAGAAGGGUCCUUGACGUGCUGAAGGCCCGUGGACUGCGCUUGAACAAAGCGAAAUGCGAAUUCUUCAAGCGAAAAGUGGUCUUCUGUGGGCAUGAGAUAACCCAUGAAGGCCUGAACAAAACCCAAGACAAGGUUCAUGCCGUCAAAAAUGCUCCACGACCAACCAAUGUGAGCCAAUUGCGUUCGUUCCUGGGCCUGGUAAACUACUACCACCGGUUCCUACCCAAUUUGUCGACUGAGCUACAUCCACUGAAUGAGCUCCUGCAAAAGAACCACAAGUGGGUGUGGACCCCUACUUGUGAGAAGGCGUUCGAGAAGGCCAAGUCCUUGAUCACAGCAGAUGAGGUCUUGACACACUAUGACCCAGACCUUCCAGUGAAACUUGCGUGUGACGCCUCACCCUAUGGUCUUGGCGCUGUUAUGUCACAUGUCAUGCCUGAUGGUUCAGAACGCCCUGUCGCCUACGCAUCACGUACACUGACGACUGCAGAACGCAAUUACUCUCAAAUUGACAAGGAGGCACUCGCGUUGGUGUGGGGAGUGAAGAAGUUCAAUCUGUACCUAUGUGGACGGAAAUUCACCCUGGUGACAGAUCACCAACCACUUACCUCUAUCUUCAAUCCCUCGAAGAGCACUCCUUCAACUGCUGCUGCACGACUUGCGAGGUAUGCGAUUUUCCUUGGUAGUCAUGAUUACACCAUCGAAUACAAAAACACUGCUAAGCACUGCAAUGCUGACGGGCUAUCCAGAUUACCCUUGGGCGAGACUGUGUCUGAACCAGCGGAUCCUGAUGACAUACUCCAGGUGUCCCAACUAGAGACACUACCUGUCUCCAGUAGCGACGUUCGCAAAGAAACAGCCAGUGACAUUACGCUUGCCAAGGUGUACGAUUACACCAUGAGAGGAUGGCCUUCAGACACCGAUCCAAGCCUAGCAGCAUACCACAGUCGCAGAAACGAAAUCACAGUGCACGACAACUGCUUGAUGUGGGGACUUCGUGUCAUAGUCCCUGGCAAACUGCGUGCACAAGUCCUAGCGGAGCUACACGAGGGUCAUCUCGGAGUAGUCAAGAUGAAAUCUCUCUCUCGAGGUUUUGCUUGGUGGCCGGGAAUUGACCAUGACAUUGAGCAACUAGCCAAAGAAUGCUCUGGUUGCCAGAAAACCCAACGUAACCCAACUCUGGCCCCACUUCAUACCUGGGAAUGGCCUGCGAAACCGUGGCAGAGAAUACACGUCGACUACGCUGGCCCAUUCUUGGGACAGAUGUUCCUGGUAGUUGUGGAUGCGCAUUCAAAAUGGCCAGAAGUGAUCCAGACUACCACUGCGACAUCAAGCCAGACCAUUGACAUCCUAAGGGGCAUAUUCGCACAACAUGGUGUCCCUGAGCAACUUGUUAGCGACAAUGGUCCCCAGUUCAAGUCAGAGGAGUUCGAAACCUUCCUGAAACGCAAUGGGGUGAAGCACAUAACUUCAGCUCCUUACCACCCAGCGACAAAUGGACUUGCCGAGCCCUUCGUCCAAACCUUCAAGAAUGGACUCAAAUCGAUGGAAGGGGAGAAAGGACACAUCGACCAACUUCUUGAUGUCGACACUGGGAAGCCCUUCUUCUUCAACCAGCAGCCAGAUCCUGUACCCCCAUUUGUCCCUGAUAUCAGUGACCAGAUGACUCCCAAUCGUCCAGUACCUACUUCACCAACACAUACACCUACCGACAUCCAGCCCAGCGCAGAACAACCAUCUGUUGUACCCGAGACAGCAACAGAACCACCUAGAACUGAGAGACGCUACCCCCAGAGGAAGCGGAAACCACCGGAUAGACUGGAUCUCUAA